AUGUUCUUCCGACCUCCUUUUUCUCGCAGGGACUCCAUUUUACUAAUGCUGGGAGCAUUGUUGACACAUUUCCUCAAUAUCAUUCAUCCUCACUCUUUCUCGGACACAAGUAUCGAUAUCAACACCCCUUCCAUACCACUGCAGACGAUCCACGGCGACCUACCACACACAUCCAUCGUCCACCAUGCUCCAGGAUGGACGCUUUUCCGAAAUCUGUACAUGUCCAACGGCACGCUGUUCUUCCGUCUAAUGAUCAGCUCUGGUAUUCAUAUGGUGAACACACCCGAAAACGCCGCGCUGAGCGAACCUACAUUACAGCACAUGAAAUAUAUUACUCCUCUAGAAGCUCGAAAACGCUGGGGAGGGACUAAAAAUCGCGUAUGGACAGUAGAAGGAAAUACGUCAAUUUUGGGACACUUCUAUCACCUAGUCGCUGAACUCUUCUUCGGGGUCCAAGCCUUUUGGCACGGAGCCUUCUCGGCAGUUUCUGCUCAAGAAUGGGAAGACCGAAUAGCCGCUACCUCGGGAUUGUCUGUUGAUCGUGCAUGGCAUUUUCCGCUCGUUCUCCUUAGUGAUCGGAGCGCUUCCCAUCGUGCUUGGGAGUACAUGCGUGAGCAGUCACGGCUCAUGGGGAUUAAGGUCGGCGGGUGGUGGGAGCCUAUUCGUGCGUCCGUAUUGAAGUUCUCUGGCCUGGACGUCGUCAGGAGGGACGGAGAUGACCUUCCAAUGCCGGACAAAUUAGAGCUCGUCGAGAGAAGAAAGACGAGAGGCUGGGAACUUAAUGUCAUGCAGGCUGAGCGUAUGUCGAAGGAUGCUCAGGUGCAUGCUGCCCGGACGACGAUAUUGCUUGGAGUCCACGGAAACGGACGACUGACUCAUCUACUUUUCAUGCCUCCUACGAAGGUGUCACUGAUUUGCACACGAUUACCACUGGACAACCGAGCCCUUGGAAUGUCACAUAUUGCGGUCUGGAAUGAUACUUAUUACACGCACCCGAAUGAGCCUGACAUCGAUUACCCCGAAGGAUUUCAAGGGGACUAUAUUCCGGUCCAUGGACCAACCGUCGCACGGAUAAUCGAGGACCGAUUGCACAAAGAUUAUGAUAGACAAAUCCUUUGA